AUGGAUCAGGAAGAAAGAACGCUCGAGACCAUAAGCCAUUCAGAAACCAGUACGUCUAACGCGGGAAAGCCUGAGGUGCCGCUGAACGCACCAUUCCUUAGGCGUCUGAUGAAGAAGAAUGAUGAACAUCAAUUCAAGCGCUUUCUUGAGCUCCUAAAGCAACUGCACAUCAACAUUCCACUUAUAGAGGCUUUGGAGCAGAUGCCAACAUAUGUAAAAAAUUCUAAGGACAUUUUGACGAAGAAGAGAAGAGUCAGUGAGAAGGAAGUGAUAGUGCUAACGCAGGAAUGUAACACGUUAGUAAGCAACAAUCUACCAAAGAAGCAAAAGGACCCUGGGAGCUUCACAGUUCCUUGUUCGAUAGGAGGAUUGGAUGUGGGUCAUGCGUUGUGCGAUCUAGGAGCCAGCAUUAAUCUCAUGCCACUUUCAAUUUUUAAGAAAUUGGGGAGUGGUGAAGCACAACCUACUUCUGUCACCCUUCAGCUCGCUGACAGAAUAAUUAAGUACCCAGAAGGGAAGAUUGAAAAUGUUUUGGUGAAGGUUGACAAUAUCAUAUUCCCAGCAGACUUUAUUAUCUUGGACUAUGAAGCAGAUAGGGAGGUACCAAUUAUCCUUGGACGCCCCUUCUUGGCUACCGGGAAAGUUUUAAUUGACGUGUAUAAAGGUGAAUUAACUAUGUGCGUGGACAAUGAAGAGGUAAAGUUUAAUGUGCUCAACGCAUUAAAGUUCCUAGAUAGUGAAGAUUGUCAACUAAACAGUAUUGAGUUGCCUGAAGAAAAGACUUAUGUAUGUGAGGUCCUCAUGUUGGAGGAGAGCCUGAAGGAAUCAGAGCCGCCAAGUCAGUGA